UUUUUUUAUAUUUUUAUUUUUUUAUACAACUGUAUUUAGAGUUAACAAUUUAAGAAUGAAUUUUCGGCCAACUAGCAAUCCGGGCGGAAACCCGCAGAAUAUAAUGCCCGUACGACACCCGCAACCUCAACAAAUUGUAAGCACAAUGAACAGAAUGCCAACACCGGCCGCUGUACCCAUGGGUACAAAUGUACAAAAUGUGAGAUUAAGAGGAGCAGGUACUUUCCCACAACGGUUACCAAACCAAUCAUCAAACACACAACAAGCAUCGGCAGGAAAUGCUCAAAAUAAGGAUCCUGUGCAUAACGCCAAAGCUAUCUUACCCCACUUGAAAGAGUCCUUAGUAAACCUUAUGGCCGUUGCAAGUCAAAACUUUGCUGUGAGUGUUUCUGUGGAUGACAUGCAGAAAGUAGUUGACGCAAGCAAUGUACCAAGAUUUGAUAAAUGUCUCGAACACUUUUACAACCUGUGUGAUCAGUUGGAGUUACAGCUUAACCUUGGUCACCACCAGUUAUCCCAAGCACUCGCAAGCAUCCAACACACUCCCCUUAUGAGGAAUGUUAACCUUAAAGAUGAUGCAAAUGGACCGCAGAUAUAUGGGAAUUAUAUCAACACAGUUGAAAGCCAACUACAGUGUGCUGAAGAAAUACAAAACUUGUUGCUAAACUGCUGUAAAAAACUACAGGAGCAUCAAACUACACAUCCUGUCUGAUGAAAAAGACACGAAUCCCUGGUACAAAACAUAGCUAUAUUGAGUUUACAAUGUACAUAAACAUACAUAUGUAAUAGAACAAUUUACAACACUGCCUUUGAACAGUAAUAAAAUAUCAAACAUGC